CGGCUUGGGCCACCGACUGGUUGGCAUGGUGGCACGAAAGGGCCCAAACGAAAAAUACGUUUUUCCAGGCAUUUAUCGCCGCUUUGAGUACACUUAAGGCUGUUGGCCCUGCCAGUUGAGAGCGCGUGUGCCGUCCAGCUGCUGAGGAUUGAGAAUUCUCAUCAAAAAUAUUGACUCCAAGUUGCAGGAAGCUAACCGGAGGAAGCUCCAAAAUGAGUUUGCUGCUAAAGCGACGCUCCCGCAGUGAAACGCGUCCCAAAGACGUUCCAGAUAAAUCCAAGCAGCAAACACAGCCACAGCAGCAGCAGAAAGACCAGGAGAGAUCCACACAGAUGAGCAGCAAGCCGCACGCCAGCGAGCAGAGUCUCAACAAAUUGGGAAUUCCCCAUCAACAGCAACCACAAUCCAGCAGCUAUUCGAUGGCGGGCGGCAUGGGCAGACGCAAAACCUCUGCGGAGCUGAUCAGCGAGGCGAAGCUUUUCCUUGGCGAUACGGUGGCAGGUGUCGGCGGAGGUGCUGCUGGUGGUGCAGCCGCCAUGCAAAUGAUGGCCACUGGCGGUGCACGUCUGGUCAGCACUCGUCGUCCGAUUACGCCGCGCGAACCCGGCCGCGUUCUGUAUGGCAAAGUGGCCUUAGCCGGACGUCCGCCCAGCGCCUUUUCCAUGCGGUAUCUGCAGAAUGAGAAGCCAACGCCCAGACAACUUCCCGCACUCUCUGGCACGGGUCCGACUACACCCAUGCCCACACGGAACGGAGCGCUGCUCGGGCAGUCCACCACAGAGACGCUGAUUGAGCUGCUGAAGCAGCAUAGCGGCCUGAAGGAGUGCACCAAUGAGACAGUGCAGCAUAUAAAUGCGAUCUUGCAGGAGCUCUACACACGCGUGAGAAAACAGGAGCGCAACUUCAAGCGUGGCUUCAUUCUGGGCGGCCUCUAUGGCCUGGUGGAGUGCACAUCGCCGCGUGUUCUCCUGGCCGUGGCUAGAGUGGUCUUAGCUCUUCGUGUGACUGGCAGCAAUUUGACGGGCGCCUGCAAACUCAUCUUCAAGGUGGCUCGGCACGAGCAGAACGAUGCGCUGUUCCAUGACCACGAUGUGCUGGAGCUGCUGAUCGACGGUUUGGGCCACGCCUCGCCACUCGACGAGCCCGAGGCGUGCAUCUAUGCUUAUGGCUGCAUACGCUUCCUCACCGCCAGCUGUGCCCAGGACCGGGACGAUGCUCUCAAUCGCAACUGGAUUGGGCUGGGCGAGGCCAUAACGGCUCCCCUUUCUGCGCCCGUUUCUGCUACGCUUGCUGCAGUCCCCGCGGCCGUGCUGUGUCCGCGCAAAUUGACGGGACAGCAGACAUUGGUAGCGCGUCUCGCCCGCCACGGCGCCGUGGAGCUGAUGAUCCUUCACCUGCAGAUGCUCAAUGAGGCGGGUGCCACAAAGCGACUGAGCGGACCGCCGCUGCACACGCUCUACCAGCUGUCGGCAGCCAUGCGUGCCCUGGCGGAUGUAUCGCAGCAGCAGCAACGGCUUCAGCUGCAGCUAAAGCUCGCGUGUCCGCAUCUGAUUCGUGCUGCCGAGAUCUCCAUGGGGGAGCUGGAGGUGCAGACCAACGUUGUGCGCACUCUGAGUGUGCUCUCUGAGGACUCUGACUGCUGUGAGACGCUGCACAAUUAUGCCGCCAGAAUUGGCCUGCUGCUGGGUCCCUCCUGCUCGAGUGCGGGCACCAGCGAACGUGUCCUGGCCGUCCUCAGUCGACUGGGCUACAUGCUGGGCAAUAUCCUGGCCAAGCACGAGUCUGCCAGAAUUCAGUACUUUCACAACGAUGUGGCCAUGGAGUAUCUGCUGAAUGUGCUGGAGCAGUUGGGCGAACGCUCGCCGAGCAGCGUGGCCCUGCUGGAUGCCCAGAUCAAGCUGAUUCGUGUGGUGGCCAACAUGAGCGUGAAUCCCGAGGUGGGCGCCGACCUGGGCAAUAUCCGGUCUUUGGGUUCUGUGCUGCUAAAGCUGCUCAGCCACACAAGCGCUUCGUUGGCCAAGAAGAAGUCUGCGGAGCAGCAAGAGUUGCUGCAUGCCACACUGGGUGCUCUGCACAAUUUGUGCUUCUAUCAGGAUAAACAGCCAGCAGACAGCGUUGCCGCCCCAGCACCUACCGCCGGUUCCCUGCAGAGUCUCAUCGAUGAACUGUCCGCGUCGCUUGCGGAGGUGCUGGCAAACUGCCAGACGGCUGCCACCAAGGUGGAGCUGACCCGGGUGCUGGGAAAUCUCACGCGUAACGAGGGCGCCCGACGCCGCUUCUGUGCGGCCGGCGGACUGCCACUGAUGGUCCAGCAGCUGACACGGGAGGCGGCUGGUCAAGACUACGAACUGCGCACUUGCGCUAUCGGUGUUCUGGUCAAUCUGCUGGGCGAUGGCGAGCAACGGGGUCCAUUUCUGCAGCUGCGCGGGGCGGAACUGCUGUCGCUGUUGCUGCGUGGAUCGCUGGAGCAGGAGGACUGGUUCCUGGCCAACAUCGUGUGUCAGGCCUUGUGGAAUCUCCUCAUCGAUGGCCAGUGCGCGGCCACUCUGUGUCGGAGCGGCAGCAUUCUGGACGAGGUGAGCGACCUGCUGGCCGACUAUCUCGACGAGGACCGCCUCAAUGCAGGCGAUGACGAUGACGAGCAGGCCGGCGAGGAUGAGCACGUGCUGGAGGCGGAAAAGGAGACAUUUGACGGCGAUCACGAUGCCCUGUGGGAGGACUUUGCUCUGGUGGCCACCGACUUGCUGGAGCGAAUUCAGAACAACUUCGAUAGGCAGCAACAGCAGCAGUCGCAAACGAUAGUGCGCAACACCGAUAACGAUGACGACGGCGAUGUAUUCAUCGAGGAAAUGUAGGCACCCCUCCCCCCCUCCCGCACCAGAGUCUCUGGUAUUUGUAUGCGU